UAAACAUGAUUCUGUGGCGAUUUCUUGCAGCAGUAUCUUUUGCUGUGGUGUACGGCGACUUGAACGAUAAUUUCGACGACUUCAUCUUGCGUUAUGGACGUCCGUACAUAAGAGGGUCUCCUGAGUACGCUUACCGGAUGUCAGUCUUCAAUGAGAGUUUGUUUCGCCAUCGUCAGCGUAAUUCUCUAGCUGUCAAUACUUGGGAUGCGAAAUUUGGAGUGAACAAGUUUUCAGAUAUGACACAACAAGAGUUUGCGGAACAAUUUUUAACUAAUGCAAUACAAGAUAAAGAUAAAUACGUAUACCACAGUAUGACAUUUAACGACAGUACACUAUUAUAUGGUACAGCAACCUGUGGAAUGUCAUUGGACUGGAGAAAGCAAAACAUUGUAGCAGCCGUACGCAAUCAGGAAAAGUGUGGGUCAUGCUGGGCAUUCAGUGUUGUUGAGACAGUGGAGAGUGCAUAUUCGAAAAAGAGCGGCACCAACCCACAACCGUUGAGUCCACAGCAGCUCAUUUCGUGCGAACCGAAACCCGCAGACGGCUGCAAAGGAGGUGAUAUCAGUCUCGCCAUGAGCUGGCUUGUUAAGACGAAGACCGUUGUUGUUGCCGAAAAUGUGUAUCCCUUCAAUGGCGGCUCUGGUGACACAAAACCAUGCAUCACCGACAUACCACAGGUGGGAUUACGUCUUCUAGACUUUGGCAAGAAAAAUUUUCAAGAGACAGAGAAAUCGAUAUUGGAGAUCAUAUGCGAUUAUGGACCGGUGUCUGUAGCUGUGGAUGCCAUUAGCUGGCAAGAUUACGUCGGUGGCAUCAUCCAACACCAUUGCCCUGGUGGCUCACUAGAUCAUGCCGUUCAGAUUGUCGGAUUCGAUUUAAGUGGUCCCGUGCCAUAUUACAUAGUGAGAAACACGUGGGGUAAAGACUGGGGGUUGGAUGGCUAUGUGCAUAUCAAGUAUGGUGAUAACAUGUGUGGAAUCGCCAAGGAAGUUGUUUGGGUUCGUGAUGUUGAGUAUGUCAACGAGGCCGAGAACAGAGGGUCUUCGAAACAUGUCUGAUAAUUUUUUGCGCUUUUGAUUUUGUAGAGCUACGCUUGGUGUGUGUAUUAUUAUUAUAUUUUACUUGUACUGUAAUAUCCGGGUACUAGGCAAUCUAGUCACGUGAAUGGCUUGCA